GUGAAGGAAAGUUGAAGUCAUUCCUCGCAGUACUAUAUAAACAGUCGACAACUCAUGAGAACCUCAACACCAGAAGCAAUAAUGGCUUUCCUUAUUGGACUGGUUUUAUUAGCGGUCGCACCGGCCGUGCUAUGCCGCCCCUCCCUACUCGAGCCGACCAAAUGCGACAACAGUCACUGUCCACAAGUGGACCCCAAGAUGUUGAACAUACAUCUGGUGCCACACACUCACAAUGACGUCGGAUGGCUGAAGACUGUCGACCAAUACUACUAUGGCUCGCGAACUAACAUUCAAAAGGCAGGCGUUCAGUAUAUCAUCGAUUCUGUGGUGCAGUCGCUGCUGCAGAACGAGACCCGAAAGUUCAUAUACGUUGAAACGGCAUACAUCUGGAAGUGGUGGGGAUUACAGACACCCGAGCUUCAGGAGAAGGUCAAGAAGUUGGUCAACGAUGGUCAGUUGGAAUUUAUAAACGGUGGCUGGUGUAUGAAUGAUGAGGCGGCCGCACACUACCAGUCCAUUGUGGAUCAGAUGACAUGGGGUCACCGGCGUCUUCAGGACACGUUUGGCACAUGUGGUAUACCAAAGAUCGGGUGGCAGAUCGACCCCUUUGGUCACAGUCGAGAACAGGCGUCCAUUUUCGCACAGAUAGGCUUCGACGCCAUGUUCUUCUGGCGUUUUGACUACGAGGACAAGAAGAAAAGGUUAGCCGAGAAGAGCAUGGAGUUGAUAUGGCAGGGAAGUGAUGACUUGGGAAGUGCUUCAGACAUAUUCACAAGCGCCAUGGAAAUGGGUUACGGUCCGACCCCGGGCUUUAACUGGGACUUAGCCAAUGGCGGUAAUGACGACCCGAUCAUCGAUGACCCGGAAUCGGAGGACUAUAACGUGGAUAAAACUGUGGACAGACUAUUCACGUACGCAAAGGUGUACUCUAACUAUUACGCCACAAACAAUGUACUCUUCCCAAUGGGCACUGACUUCUUCUAUCAAGACGCCAACAUGUGGUUCAAGAAUAUGGAUAAACUCAUCAAAUAUGCCAACCAAAGGAAAUCCAACGGAUCCAACAUUAAUGUCUUUUACUCAACUCCUACCUGUUAUCUACACGGCGUGCAUAUGGCUAACCAUACCUUCCCCACCAAAAAGGACGACUUCUUCCCGUAUGCCUCCAACACUCACUCCUAUUGGACGGGAUAUUUCACGAGUAGACCAGCGAUCAAAAGAUACGAAAAAGUUGGCAAUAAUUUCCUUCAGGUCUGCAAACAGUUGGAUGUCUUAACUCAGGGAAAUGGUAAGAAUGAGGCGCUGGGAAAUGGUAAGAAUGAGGCGCUGGUGACCCCCUUAAGGGAAUGGAUGGGUGUUAUGCAACAUCACGACGCCGUCUCCGGUACUGAGAAACAACACGUCGCCGAUAAUUAUGCGCUUAAAUUGUAUAAAACUAUUGAAAAAUGUCAGUCAGUUGUGAGUCAAUCGCUCAAUACAUUGAUUGCCGACCAGAAGUUGAUUCAAUUGUAUUGCAAUGCACUGAAUAUCAGCGCCUGUGCUGUCACUGAAGGCACUGAUAAUCUGGCGGUUACUGUAUAUAACCCUUUCGGACAUAAUGUCAAUCCAGUUAUCAGACUACCCGUCACUUCGAAGGCCUACAAAGUUUUAGAUCCGAAGGGAACUGCAGUCAAAUCAGAUAUCGUUCCCAUUCCUCCCGCUGUACUCAGUCUGAAGGAAAGGGUUAGUAAAGCAAAGGAUGAACUCGUGUUUGAAGCACAGGUACCGGCCCUUGGAUUUGCUACUUAUUUAUUGAAAGCAAAUGCACCACAAAAUAGAGUAAAUGAGGCGAAAGUGUCUAAAUGGAAAGGGUUAGUAAAGCAAAGGAUGAACUCGUGUUUGAAGCACAGAGUAAAUGAGGCGAAAGUGACUAAAAUAACGGAAGCCUUUGCCGUAAAAUCUAAAUCUUUAAACAUUUUAUUCGACAAAACCGGAGCUUUGAAUGCAAUAGUCGACUUCUUGCCUUUUCAACAACUGAAAUUCGUUUUGAAGCUCAAGAUAUUCCGUUUCUUGCUAUUGCUGAGGAAGGUAGUCGUGGAGACAUCAGAUGUUAAGGAAGUCCGCCAAUCGUUUGGAGACUAUAUUUCACAAGUGAUCCGAAUUACACCAAACAGUGAUGUCAUUGAAUUUGAUUUCGUCGUCGGACCCAUUCCUGUGGACGACAAGAUCGGCAAAGAGAUUAUCUCUCGAUGGGAGACAAACCUCACCACAAAUGGUCUCUUC